UUAUCAGCAGGAUCUGUGCCACCCGGAGUUAAGCUCUUUCACCCUCAGCUCCCUGCAAAGAAACAAGAGUGCUAAUCCUGACAAGGCUCCAGGCAGGAAUUAUAACUCCACUGCUUACCUUGAUGAGUAUACUGAAAUAUUCAAGAUGGAUAGCAACAGUACCAGCAAUGACUGCAGUGCUACUAAUGUGACAUUUCAGAACUCCCUCUAUGCAGGCACCUACAUCCUCAUAUUCAUCCCUGGUCUUCUGGCCAACAGUGCAGCUUUGUGGGUUCUGUGCCGCUUCAUCAGCAAAAAAAAUAAAGCCAUCAUUUUCAUGAUCAACCUCUCCGUGGCUGAUCUUGCUCAUGUACUGUCCUUACCCCUCCGGAUUUACUAUUACAUCAGCCACCACUGGCCCUUCCAGAAGGCCCUUUGCCUACUGUGCUUCUACCUGAAGUAUCUCAACAUGUAUGCAAGCAUUUGUUUCCUGACGUGCAUCAGCCUUCAGAGAUGUUUCUUUCUCCUCAAGCCCUUUAGGGCCAGAAAUUGGAAACGUAGGUAUGAUGUGGGCAUCAGUGCUGCCAUCUGGAUCAUCGUGGGAACUGCCUGCUUGCCAUUUCCCCUUCUGAGAAGCACCUACUUAGGCAACAAAACUGAGUCCUGUUUUGCUGAUCUUGGUUAUAAGAAAAUGAAUGCAGUGGCUUUGGUUGGAAUGAUUACAGUUGCUGAGCUGGCAGGAUUUGUUGUCCCAGUGGUUAUCAUCGCAUGGUGUACUUGGAAAACUAUUAUAUCCCUGAGACAGCCACCAGUGGCUUUCCAAGGAAUCAGUGAACGGCAGAAAGCACUGCGGAUGGUUUUUAUGUGUGCUGCAGUCUUUUUCAUCUGCUUCACUCCUUACCAUAUUAACUUUAUUUUUUACACUAUGGUGAAGGAAACCAUCAUUAGUAGUUGUCCCAUUGUCCAAAGCACACUUUAUUUCCACCCUUUUUGUCUGUGCCUUGCCAGUCUCUGCUGUCUUUUGGAUCCAAUUCUCUAUUAUUUCAUGGCCUCAGAGUUCCGUGACCAGCUAUCUCGCCAUGGAAGCUCUGUGAUCCGUUCCCGCCUUAUGAGCAGAGAGAGUGGUUCAUCAAUGGUUAGCUAAACAUAAAAUAACUCUUCAGUUAUGAAUUUAACUAUGUUUCCUAGCUUUUCCCAAAGGCCAGAAUAACCAGACAAUUUGUUUAAUGGAAAUUUAGGAACAAUGGAAGUCUUGUUGUGUAAUAGUUGUGGUCACAGGGAUGUAAUGGGGAUGACAGUGUGUAAGAAAUGUGGGAGAGGUAGGGAAAAUAGAAUUUGCCAAUUUCCUUUUUGAAAUUCAAGAUACUUUCUUAAGAGACCUCGCUCAAAUUUUACAGAUGUUUUCAACCAAAAAUUAGACAUUUUAUCUUAAACAUUUUAGUAAAUAUAUUGUUAAUAAGAUGCAAUAAAUACAUAAUUCUUUUCCCAAACUGUUAAUCUCUUUUAUAUGAAGACUUUUAAUUGUGAAUGAGAAUAAAAUUCUUCAGUUUUUCUAAGAAAUAAAUGCACAGGUAAGGGGGAGUGACAACUGAAGUAGUGUAUGCAUAAAUUUCAGGGCCAUAAACCUAAUACUGAA